UUACCAUCAAGGAGGAACUACCCAGUUCAGCUGUGGAUUUGGAUGAGAGUGAAGGCGUUUGUGUCGUCACCGAGACUAGGCUAGGGACGCUGUCCUCCAUCCAAGACAAAAUGAUCUCUAGAGGCCGGUUGAUGUUGUUCCUAUGCAUAUAUAUUACAGCAGGGCAGGCGGCCCACCUACCUAUCAACGUGACCUUGAACACCGCCACCAGCCGCCCCAGUACUGACGACGACGACGUCCAGACUAACCCAGACCAAAGUGACAUGGGUCUAACGGAGAACAGCCCACUAGGAGUCCUCAAGGAGUUGGUGAGAGAAUCUUCACAAAGCAGAAAAGGGUUCUCCAGCGCAGAACCAGAUACACAGGUUGAAAAAACUAAAAAAAUUGAUCCUGGUGUUACUUGGACAAGUAACUUCCAGGAAGAAUCUAUCAAUGGUUCUGGUUUAGUGUUGAAUCUUGCUGGAAGAGGGCCAGCUGUACCCAUAGAGACGUUUGAUCCACUACAAGCGUCAACUUCUGAUGCCAAGAAGACAGUCUUCGUGGCGUCAUCCAGCCAGAAUAAACGCCGUAACAAAGGAGGAAGUGAAGAGUUCCUUGUGACCUACGGGAGCCUCCUUGAGGACAAGACCACGCCUCCCCCGCCCCGCCCUCGCCUCGUCCAGAACUUGCAGUUCCGGUCAUCUGGGGGAGCGCAGCAGACGGUGCCGUCGCCGCCUGAGGGUGGACGGGUCGCCAAACAAGAGCUUGCUUUACUCUUUGCCAACAGCGGCCGAGGCACCACUACCAUGGCUCCAGGUUGCUCCAUACUAAACUUCAGCAUAAAGUCGCGAUGUUCAGCCAAUGUGUUGGAGCUGACGGCCAGUUCUCGCGUUCCUGUGCUGGGGAAGGUGUCGCUGGUGGACGGAGAGGGCCAGGUCCUCAUGGACGGUGCCUACAUGGUGAUGUACGCAGUGAUGGUGCAGCCUCUGGCCGCGUCGGGCAGUGGGUGGAGGCUGGGGAGCGGGCUCCUCAAGGCAGACGUCAACAAGGAGUGUACCGUCUGCGACAACCUCGCCAUCGGCAUCCUGCUUCAGGUUGGAGAGUCGACGUGCAUGUUGGGAAUAACUUGUCAGCAGAAGGGAGGAAGGAUAGUUAGUUUCACGCAGGCUAAAGACAGAUCCGGUGGGAGCUCCAAUGUCGUGUCUACUCCGGCACCAACCCCAGCUCCCGCCACCACCUUCAGUCACGUGUCUGGCCAAGAUCCCGUCAACACUGCCAAGACCACCAUCUCUCUCCUCCAUGGAUUGGACUUGAAUGGUCCAGUUGUAACUGAAGUGGUCAAUCUGGGAACAAAGAUGUCCCUUGUGAUCAGCGUCUACUGUAAGGACAUCACCCUCGACCUCCAUAUGGUAAAGUGCCAAGCGAAGGGCGACGAUGGCCUCAGCAUCUCGCUCGUCAAGGACGGGUGUAGUGUAUCGCAGGUGAUGGGAGAGUUCAGAGAGGUGCUGGGGGUGGUGCAUGAAAGUUCGUUUGGCGUCACACCGGUGAGACGCGUCACCCAGUACGCUCAGAUAGAGGCCUUCAACACUCGCACCUCCACCCAGAACUUCACAAUAGUCUGCACCAUAAAGAUGUGCAGUGAAGAGUGCCCAGAGCAGCCAGCGUGCGUGCACUCUGAUGUCAACAUUGGCAGGAGCAAGAGACCAAUCAUCUCCCACUUCUCUCAGGUGGUCACCCUCGGCAAGACCUUCGUCGUAGCUGGUCUGUCGUCCAGUCCGUCCUCGGAAGAGGCGUCGAACAUCUUGAAAAGCAAGGCAGCUUCAGGAGCAACCUCUGAUACAAUCAGCGCUGUGGGUGCCAAGUGCAUGUCCUUCAACCAUGUUUACAUCCUGGUGGGAAUCUUGAGUGGUCUGUACUUGGCCAUCCUGGGACUGGCGCUGUAUUGUGUCCACCGUUCCACUACCAGGACGGUUGUGAGGAGCUGCAUGGAGGAUUACGAGUCUCCAAAGCGAGCCUUCUACCCGGAGUACAGCUCUCCUCGGAAACGCUCGCCUAAAGCCUCGCCUGAAUAUUCAACGUUUACCAUGAAUGCUGACGAGUGUGGGAGCCCAAGGAAUUACAGAAAGUGAUCUCGGGAAAUCUUUAAACGUAAUUAUACUGAAGAUUAGUGGUCGAUCCUAUAAAAUUCAUAGUUCUGCUUUUCGGUAAUUUUAAUUUAAUAAGUUUGUUUUAUCGUGUUUUAUAUACUGUAAUACUGGAUUUCCAAUAUCUCUAUUUUUAACUGGUCAGAUUAUCAAUUGGGUUAGUCUUAAAUUUCCCGCCAAAUUACUUCCCACUCAUUUCCCCAGAGUUCUAGAUUAGUCAAAAUUCAAAAUAAUAAAGUACCAUUAAGUUAAUAGUGCACUAUAUCCGAUAAACAAUACAUGCUUAUAUAUGCAUUUUUACUAUUUAAUAUGGAAUAAUUUCCUCAAAGCUGACAUGUUUAAUUCGGCAUCAAUUAGUAUUGGUUACUUGGACACUAACCUAAAUCUGUUAAAUCUUAAUGAUGAAUUUGCAAUGAGCAGAUAUGACUAAUUUAGUUCAAGAACUUGAUUACCUGGUGCAGUUGGUUCGAACCUCGGGAUGAAGCCUUCAUCCUCAACACUACCAGUAGUCAAUUAAGGGAAGCCUACUGUGGUAGUGGCCCCGUCAAGCAAGUUCCCGCUCGUUGAGUCAGUUGGCGGCCCGCGGGAGGUCUCGGCCACGCGGGAAGACAUUGCCAUCUUUGUUAGAUGUAAAAAGUGUUAAAUGGUUAAAAUGUAGGUGGACUUGUUAGUGUUUUUGUUUGUCAUCGUUAAUGUUUUACUUGGCUUGUAAAUCCUACUUGUAAUUUUUCAUUUUAUACAAAUUUUUAAAUGUUGUGAAUUCAGAACUAAUUAUGGUGUUACGGGACCCCACAAAAUUAGGUCAAAUUUGUGCCUAUAUUAUAUAAUAUUUAAUAUGUACAUAUGUUAAUUUAAAGUUUAACCAAAUAUUGUUUUAAUUAAAUUCCUAAAUUUCA